UCGCCGCCCUAUUCGAUGUUUUCUUCCGAUAAAAGCUUCAAAUUCCUUAACAAUAUUGCGGUUUUGAAGUGUGAUUGUCAACUGAAAACUUAUCAGUUAGUAACCUUCAGCGGAUAAAAUUAGUUAUCUAUUUAUAUUCUGAUAUUAUCAGCAGCGCGUGUCGAAUUUAUUUAAGCAUUGUAACAGGAAUGUUCAUUGAGAGAGGCAGGCAUGGAAAUUCUUACGCUCACCAUUUUGGCAUGCAUAAUAGGGCUGCUCAUUUUCUGGGCACUGCAAAAGAGAAAUGACAGGACGCCGCCAGGUCCUACAGGAUUGCCCAUUGUGGGUUAUCUUCCUUUUAUCACUUCUAAACCUCAUUUGGAGUUUUCAAGGCUGGAAAAAAAAUAUGGACCAGUUUUCAGCUUGAAAUUAGGAAGCGAAAAUGUGAUAAUCCUGAAUGAUUUCCAGUCAUCCAGAGACGCCUUCCUUCAGGAUGCCUUUAUGGGAAGACCGCCUAAUUCAGCAUUCAAAGCCAACAAAGAAACUGACCGAACCCAAGCGAUUAAUGGAAUGCCCUGGAGAGACCAAAGGAGAUUUUCGCUUCGCCUUCUGAGGGAUUUGGGAUUUGGAAAAUCAAAGCUGGAUGAAAUGAUAAGAGAGGAACUCGAUGAGGUGUUGGAACACUUUUCAGAAUCCAAGGGUCAGCCAAUGUUCGUCCGACCUAUACUGGCUCCCAGCAUGUCAAACAACAUUGCUUCUCUCAUUUAUGGAAGACGGAUGAAAUACGACGAUCCGGACAGGAUCUUUUUAGACCGAGUCAUCAACGAAUCUGCGGCUGAAGCUGGAGCGGCGGCCUGGCAGUUCUUCUUUCCCUGGGUCCGGAAAGUGUUCGAGUUUUUCCAAUUCGGAAAGGAAGGAAGAAUGGAUUAUCUGUUGCGAAAAAUGAAGGAGUUUGCUCGGAAAGAAAUUGCAAAACACGAGGAAACUUUCGACGAAGACAACAUACGAGAUUAUAUUGAUGGCUACUUGCUAGAAAUUCGCAAAAAUAAGGAUCCAGCGUUUUGCAAACCAGUUCUUGAAGACUUAUCUGGAGCCUUCUUUGGGGGUGGAAGCGAAACUGUCCGUGUGACGAUCGAAUGGCUACUGCUGACUAUGGCAACUUAUCAAGAUAUACAAGCUAAGGUACAUGCCGAAAUCGAUAACAUCAUUGGUCAAAAUCGUCCACCCUCCUGGAACGACCACUUGCAGAUGCCAUACACCGAAGCUACCAUAAUGGAAAUCAUGCGAUGGAGAUGUGCCAUUCCACUAAAUCUCCCUAGAUACACCCUUUGGGAAACUGAGUUGAAUGGAUACGUGAUUCCGAAGGGCUGUACCGUUAUAGCUAAUUUGUGGGCAAUUCUUCACAAUCCUAAAUAUUGGGGCCCGGAUGCAGAAAUAUUUCGUCCGGAGAGAUUUCUGGCAGAUGAUGAGAAAACUCUCAUUAAAACUGAAUAUUUCGUACCAUUUUCAGUUGGUAAAAGAUCCUGUCCUGGGGAGCCUUUUGCAAGAUCAGAAGUCUUUAUGUACUUCGUCGGCAUCUUUCAGAAAUUCAAAGUCAGUUUACCAGAAGGUGCCGUUCCGGAUUUCGAAGGAGUUCUAGGAUUAAGUUAUUCUGCGAAACCCUUUGAGAUUUGCAUCAAAAAGAGGAACCUUGUAAUGGUAAACAAUUUUGCUUUGAUAGUUGUAAGUUUUGUUGUUCUGGUUAUUUAUAUAGCAAUUUAUGAUACUGGUGGCAACACUCCGCAUGGACCAACGGGGUUGCCAAUCAUAGGAUAUUAUUUCUUUUUAAGUUCUAGGCCUUAUAUUGACCUACAAAAUUUAGGCAAGAUUUAUGGGCCCAUAUUCAGUUUGCAGUUAGGGAGCCAACGCUGCAUUGUUUUGGAGGACUAUCAGUUAACAAAAGAUGCUUUCACUCAAGAAACUUUUUUGGAAAGAUCGCCAGAAAAUCUGUGUGAUCAUAAAAUAGCAACUCGAGAAAUUGGACAGUUUAAUGGCUUUUCAUGGAAAGAACAAAGAAGAUUUUCACUCCAAAUGCUGAAAAAUCUAGAGUUCGGAACGAUUCAUUUAGAAGCUGUGAUAAAGGAAGAGAUUAGAGAUCUACUUGGCCAAUUCGCUAAAUCCGACGAUCAGCCCAUUCAAGUUCGAUCAGUGUUAUCUUCUAGCAUAUUCAACAACAUCGCUUCACUAGUGUUCGGCAAGAGAUUUAAGUAUGACGAUCCAGUCCGAAAGAUGAUGGAAGAAUCUCUCAUUGAUGAAUCUGCUGUUGCCGGGCUCUUGGAUUGGCAAAUCUUUUUUCCUCGACUCGCAAAGGUGGCGAAGUUCUUCAAGCCGGAAUCUGAAGGAAAGAAAGCCCAACUGUCGAAAGAUGUGAACGAUUAUAUUUUGAAGGAAAUUGCAGAGCAUGAGAAGACAUUGGAUCCAAAUAACCCCCGAGAUUAUAUCGAUGGCUAUUUAAUAGAAAUAGAAAAACGGAAUGAUUCAGCACUAUGCAAGGAAGUCCUUGAAGACAUGGUUGGAGCAUUUUUCGGUGCCUGCUGUGAAACAGUUCUUCUCACAGUAGAGUGGCUCGUCCUUACUAUGGCUACUCACCAAGAUGUCCAGAUAAAGGUCCAGCAGGAGAUCGACGACGUGAUUGGAACCGAAAGGUUGCCAUCUUGGGCCGAUCACAACAAAAUGCCUUACACCGAAGCGACCAUCAUGGAGCUGAUGCGGUGGAGAACCAUCAUACCUAUCGAUAUCCUCACUCAUACUCUUCAGGACACGGAACUGGACGGAUACUUCAUCCCGAAAGAUUCGCAUGUUUUGGCCAAUGUGUGGUCUGUUCACCACAAUCCAGAGUACUGGGGAGAAGAUAUAAAAACAUUUAGACCUGAAAGAUUCUUGACCGAAGAUAGAAAAGAAGUGACCAGGCCAGAGUACUUUAUUCCGUUUGAUGAACGAGCAUGUCCAAAUCAAUCUUACGCAAAGACUGAAAUUUUCUUGUACUUCACUUCGAUUCUACAAAAGUUCAACAUUACUUUACCUGAAGGAACAAAACCUGAUGUCAAUGGGCAACUGGAUAUUGGAUUAGACACCAAAUCUCAUGCUGUGUGUUUAAAUAAAAGAUUUUAGAGACUUUUAAUGAAUGUACAUGAAAAAUUAUUGCAGAGCUUAUUGGAGAAAAAUUCUCUUGAUAAAAUGGUACUGUGAUGUAAAUUAUGGAAGCUCUAAAUGGAAUUAUAUAUAUCAUUUGUUCCAUUUCUACAAAUUUGCUAAAUAAGAAUCAUAAAAAUAAUUUUUAUUGUUUUGAAAAAAAAAUAAAAAUGUGCAUUCUAUUUAUUUAUUUAUAGUUGACUUUAGCUACUAAUAUGUGAUUAUUAAAAUGUUGGCCUUGUAACUCUUCAUAUCAAAUU